CGGCAGCGUACGGUCAGUUUACUGAGUGAAACGAUGCUAAGAAGGUUGUGUGUCGGCUUGGUCCGUCUGAAUUCGUGAGUCUCUCGCUUGUCAAUUGUUUAUAUUUACAACGCCGUCCAAACAUGCUCAAGUUGAAUGGACCGUUCGAUAGUGCGGUGUAGUGACUUGAAAACGCAACAACCCCCCCGAAACCGAAGAUUUGUUAAGUCCAGGAAGGUGUUUUCUUGGACCAUGUUCGUAUUACCAGUGUUACGUUUAGAUGGAUCGAAAAGAUCGUUCUUAUGAUGGAAUGCAGAGAAUGCCAGUGCUGGUGGUAAUGGGAACGAGAAUGUCGGGGGCCUAGAGCCAGAAUGGCCUCAGUGGUGUCUUCAGAAACGGCCCAGGAGCUCACAGAUCGCCAAAGGCACGAGUCAGAUCUCUACAUCAGGCCUGGAUGGGUGGAUGCAAAUGUUGCCCUUCAUCAGCUGGACCAGGGCAAAGCACGCGGAGACAGAGGCGUCCUAUGGUUGCGAGGCAGGACGCAACGUCAGCUGCACUCUCUCGGGACCAUCUUAGACAACCACGCUGGAAAAUUCCUCUUCGUCAGCUUGCUAGCGAUCGCCACCUUUUCCGUAGGCCUGAAAAGUAUGAUGUUCCACACUGACAUCGAGCUUCUGUGGGCAGAGCCCUACACCACGCAGGAGAUGCUCUCCACCCACCAGAUGAUCAUCCAGACGUCCAAUGACCCCGAUGUCAACCUGCUGCAGGAGCACAGCCUCCUGGAGCAUCUAGAUCUAGUCCAGAAAGCAACGCAGGUCACGGUCACGAUGUACGAAAUCACCUGGAGGCUGAAGGAUUUCUGCCAGUCGCCCAGCAUACCGAACAUGGACGCCCAGUAUAUCGAGCAGAUCUUCGAGAACAUGAUGCCCUGCUCCAUAGUCACGCCGCUGGACUGCUUUUGGGAGGGCUCGAAACUGCUCGGACCCGACUAUCCCGUGACGAUACCUUACGGAAUAGGCGACAAAGUGACGUGGAAGAACUUGAACCCCGACCAGUUGGUGUACAAAAUGAAGCAGAAGCAGCCCCAUUUCGACUACCACUCGCUAGAGGACUAUUUCAAGAGGGCCGGUAUAACCUCGGGCUACCAGGAGAAGCCCUGCCUGGACCCGCUGGACGACGAUUGCCCGAACACGGCGCCGAACAUGAACUCGACGAACCAUUUGGACAUCGGCGCCAUCAUGACCAACGGCUGUUACGGUUUCGCCAACAAUUACAUGCACUGGCCCGCCGAACUGAUUGCCGGCGGUAUAUCCAAGAACAAAUCUGGUCAUAUUAGGGAAGCCAAAGCAUUGCAGACUGUCGUUCAGUUGAUGGGCGAGCACGAGGUGUACGAGUAUUGGUCUGGUCAUUACAAAGUCCAUCACAUAGGGUGGACGCAAGAGAAGGCGGCCAUCGUGCUGAACGCCUGGCAGAAAAAGUUCGCUGAGGAAGUAGAGCGGUUCCAGCGUAGCAAGAGUCCAUCGUCAUCAUACUCCUUCACCUCCUUCUCCACGGCCAACCUGAACAAAAUUCUAAAAGAGCACUCCAAGACCGAUCUGAUCAAGAUCGGCGUCGUUUUGGCCGUCGGUGUGAUAUACGGAUGGAUGGUGCAUUCGGGUCUGGCGGGCAUAGGCGUCGUUAUGCUGGCAGCGGCUUCGGCAGCCGCCUUGGGAGUUUGCAGCCUCAUCGGUUUGCCGAUGAACCUCCUGAGCACGCACGUUCUACCCUUCAUAACGGUCGGUCUGUCCAUUAGGGAGAUGUUCCUGAUUCUGUCUACCCAUACGAGGAAUUUAACGCCCGCUGAGAUAUUGCAAAGGACUGGACCGACGAUCAUCGGUGCCGCUGCCAUAAAUUCGGCGGCUUUCCUGUCGGCUGCCAUUCUGCCGAUCCCGGCUUUACGCGUUUUCUCCCUACAAUGUGCUGUGAUGAUUGUUUUUCAAGCUGCCUCGUUGCUGGUCAUCUUUCCCACUCUCUUGGCGUUAGAGCAACGUUUCAGGAAGGCCGCAGUGCCCUGCUUUCAGGCCGAUGUCAAGUUGCCGCAGAACAUCAACAAUAAUGACCCGGAACAUGGUGCCAAUCUUCUGACUGCUGAAAUGGUGUGCCAACAGAAGAAGAGCCUGCUCUGUUGGCUGGUGAAUAGGUACUUGACCUCGGUGCUACUGCAGCCAUUCAUAAAGACUGUUCUCUGCCUGGCUUACGCCGCCCUAAUUAUAUUUUGCAUAUUCAACGGACUUAAGCUGGAAUUAGAUGUGCGAUUAUCUACUUUCCUGCCCAAGAAUACUCAAGAGUACAAAUAUUUAGAAGCACAAAAUAAGUUUUUUGGAUUUUAUAAUUUUUAUUUAGUCACGACUGAACUGGAAUAUCCCCUGAACCAGCCACUUCUGUACGAGUACCAUAACUCCCUGACCCAAGUGCCCCACGUUCUCAAAGACUCGAAUGGCGGUUUGAACAUGAACGAUUUCUGGCUGGCGAAUUUCAGGGAUUACCUGACGGAUCUCCAAGAGGAGUUCGACGUGAACAAAAUGAACUACAGCUUGAACAACGAGAAAUGGUUCCAGAACGCCACAGAGAAAGCAGUAUUAGCCUUUAAGUUAUUAGCCCAGACUGGAGUGGUGGAAUUUCCAGUUGAUAAAAGUCAGAUAUUCAAGAAAAGACUGGUUAAAAAUGGUAUUAUAGAUUCUAAAGCGUUUUAUAACUAUUUAUCAGCGUGGAACAGCAACGACCAGAUGUCUUAUUCUAGUUCCCAGGCGAAUUUCUCGCCGAAGCCGUUCCAGUACUACAGCUCAAAAGCAGAAUACGAUCUGAAAAUUCCUAAAUCUCAGCCCUUAGUGUAUACUCAGAUGCCGUUCUACCUCAAAAACUUGAAGACGUCAAAAAGCAUCGUGAAUACCCUGAAGCAGAUAAAGCAAAUCUGCGAGGACUUCAACAAGAGAGGCCUCAACAACUAUCCCGUGGGACUCAUAUUCGCGUACUUCAACCAGUUCCUAAUGCUAGAUCAAAUUCUGGCUAGUCAAUUAGGUUUGACUUUGAUCGGAGCAGCGUUCGUAGCUUGCCUACUUGUGCAAUGGACAAAACUGUGGUGCCCGGCUAUAAGUACAAUAUCAUGCAUGUUGUUGUUGACGUUUGUGAAUAUCAACGCUUUAACAGGGACUAUAGGUGGAUUACACUUUAUUAUAAUUUCAAGGAACAUUUUACUUCUCUUAACCGGGUUCCUCAGUGCCUUAGGUAGUCGAGAGAGAAGACUGCGUAUGUCUUUAGAAAUUAGUUCAGAAGCAAUAAUAAAAGGUGACGUAGGACUUUUGAUUUGCGCUUCAGUAUUAGCUACCUCUCAGUUUGAAUUUAUACAUUAUCAUAUAUUUUAUGCCUUGUUGAUUUCUGUUGGAGGUUCCUUAGCGAAUUCUUUGAUAUUUUUUCCGUUAUUGCUUGCCUUGAUGGGUCCAAAGUCAGAGUUACAGCCCAUCGAACAUAUCGAUAGGAUUUCAACGCCUCCACCUCCCGUUCCUCCUCCUACUCCGAUAAGGACACCCACCUAUUCCAAACCUCCAAGGAGAACCACUACCACUAAAGCAACUCGGGAGCCAAGCUUGACCACAAUAACCGAGGAAAGCUGCAACCAAAGCAUCGUUGUGGAGCCGCAAGUUACUGUGGAAUACAGCAGCCCGGAGUCAAGUUCUAGCGGUCCUUUCACUACCAAAGUAAUGGCCACUGCCAAUAUCAAAGUAGAAUUAGUUGCCAAUGUACAUAGAUCCAAAUGCAGUAAAUGCCACCGUUCAAGGUGUAACCGAAGACGGCAGCAGUGCCGAUGUUGUAAAAAUGAUUCUGAUAGCAGCGACAGCAGUGCUGAUCCGGACCACUGUCCUAGCAGCUAACACUUCGUUACCAUUUAAGAAUUUGUGUAAAUUAUGUCUAUAUUGCAUAUAUGUGUACCAUUUCAUUUAUUUAUUUAAAACCAGUGUAAGAUAGUGAAUAAGUUAAUUGUCUAAUAACGAUGGUA